CAUGCCAUCUAGGCAGUAGGAUGGGAUUGCACGCACUGAUACCGUCUUGUAUAUAGGAGACGCGUGAAGUAACACCAUUUAAGAACUUCCUUCCAUCUUCAAGGUGAUACUAGAGUCUUCGAGGAAACUUCUCUUCUCACGGAAAACCAUUUUCAUUUUCGAGUGGGGAUUCGUCAGGGUGAUUUGUGUAUGUUGCCCGUCCGCUGGACAGUGACGAUGCCUUUUUAAAUGAACUCGUUUAUUUUCGCUUUGCGCACGUGGAGAGAAAUUGGAUUUGAGUGAAGUUGAAUUAUUAUACAUCUUUGUAAGAGUUAGUUUUCUUUUCUGAAGCGUCUGAUUUCUUAACUAACCUGAAGAGGGGCAGACAAGGAAGGAAAUUGUCUAUAUAUUAUCAACACGCAAACCUUACGUAGCAUUGGGUACUCAAAACAGUGUCGCCUACUGAACGUGUUUAAUUUGGCGCCAUUUUUCCUGUUUGGAAACACACCACCUGUUUGGAAAAAGUAGACAAUUUUGGCGCGAAAACCAAGAUAAUAAUUGCACUUGUCAGGCGGAUGUCGGUGGGAGGAAUACGUAUCUCACCUGCUUUGAUAAACAGAAAGUCAACCUGUAAUGCAUCAUCCGGAUUCCUUGAUUGCCAGGCUCGCGGAUUGACAUAUUCCAUACCCUAGGAGGAGGGGCAAAAAGAAAGUUGACAUUCCUCUCAACAUUUUCCACCUAUGAUAUUCAAGAUUACGUAAUUUAUAUUUGUCAAUGUGGUUUUUCCCAGCCGUGCUGUUUAUGAUUCAUCGAGUGUACGGGACAAUAACAUUCGAAUAAUUCUCCCUCAGUCGAGAAAAGAUGUCUCGUCGAGGUGCUAUAAUCGACGACAAAUCAUUCAUGAAGUGAAGGGACCUUCAGCUUUAAUGGUUAAUUGUUUUGAUGGCCAUGAGGGUACAGAUGAAUGAUAACGUGUAACUCACAAUCCUCACAACGCUGAUAGACCACUAGUAGGGAUACCGUAACAUUCAACCAAGGAUUACCGAAAAGAAAACAAGUGCUCUUCACAGAGAUCAAUAAUUUUCUUGGAGGAACGGAUGGAUGCAAGUUUAUGUUCUUGUCACACACUGUGAUAUCAGAAGUACUACUGCCUUAGGUUUGCUGAAAAGAAAGUAACAUUUUGUCGUGAGUGGAGUUAGGAUCUAAACAAGGCUACUAAUCCAUCUUUGAUAUCUGUUUUCAUUUGAGAUCAUCCAGUUGGUCAACAGACUAUGUUGGAUGUCUUAGCAUUACGUGAUUGAGGCACACCCUGGCUUAAGGGUGGGAGGAAGUUUACGCAUCACCUUGGUCACAAAAGAAGGCUGGUCGACGUAGCGUUGGAACGGGAGUGUUGUCCCUAUCGACGGGUUGAUGUCACCACAAUCACGGCAGAUUAGCUGGUGUCAUUCGCCUUGACGUAACUCACUCGCCAGGAUAUUUUACUCAAACGCUUCAAAUUUUUUGAAAAUCCGAGGAUCAAAUUCGAGCCAAUAUGUUGAUAGUUUUAAUUGAAGUAAUUAUUUGAUCUACAUUUGCAUAUUCAUGAUUUAAGACGACAUGACUAAUCGUUUUCUGUCUGUACGCGGAUAAACAAGUAAUUAGCAGGAACUGAACAUCAAGCUCGCGUUUAGCAUUUUGUAUUAAAAAAAAUCAAUGACAUAAAUACUGUGGAUGUAAAUAUUUGUAUCCUUCAUACAAUGUUUACCUGACCAGGCGAAUACUCGAGCAUCUUGAUGAAAUUACCGACGAGUCUUGCUGAUGGGCAUUCCUAAUCAAUUUCAAUCCCUAAUUGAUUGGAUACGUACGGAGGACAGGUUCAUGAUUCAAAGCUCCUUGAAAUGAUAAGAAUCUCGCGUAAAAGACCGAUCAACUUUUCCCCUCAGAGAAGUGACUCAGGUAUACCCUCGAUACGAACAAAGUUGAGCUGAAGAAUUAUUAUUGUAUAUUAUUCUAUCAAACCGAACAAUGGCUACUUUCCUGGAUUGGGAGAUCCUGCUAAUGCUGUGCUUCACUGUCAUGCUUGUGGUCGUGGAUUCAGGAGAUACGUGGCGAGUGAAAACAAAAGCUUGCCCACAAGGGUGCAAUUCCUGCACAAUGUUCAACGGAUGCGUCACUUGCAAGCCUCGCUACCUUCUCCUCCUUCAUAGAAGUGGAAUGAAACAAAUGGGUUACUGCAGACACACGUGCCCUCCUGGCUACUACGCGAGUACGAUGUCUGAUGUUAACAGGUGUUCAAAAUGCAGAGUGGAGAACUGCGAGUCUUGUUACAGCCGAACCGUUUGUUCAAACUGUCAGUCACCGUUCUUCGGAUACAACGGGAAAUGUUACGCACAGUGCCCUGAGGGCACAUGGGCAGACAGAAAGAGUGGGCACUGCGUCGAUACAGUUAAUUGCGUGGUGUCCGAGUGGGAUAGCUGGACUCCUUGUCAGAAAAAUGGCGCCCUCUGUGGGUACAAAUGGGGAGAAGAAUCUCGAAUGAGAGGAAUCAUCACACCGCCCUCACCGGGAGGGGAGAGUUGUCCCGAGCUGUUAGAGACCAGACAGUGUCGAAUGGUGCAAAGAUAUUGUCAAGAAGACGACCUUAUCACUGAAGCAACGGCAGUAGGUCAAUAUAAAAACGACAAAGAAAGCUCGAAAAGAAAGUCGGCACGACGAAAAUCACGAAAAAGAAGUCGAACUCGCAAAACGCGAACAAGGACUCGCUCAAAGAGUGGUCGUGAAAGAGAUCCAUCAAAGUCAAGAAACAACGAGAAACAAUCUCGCGAUACACCACGAGAUCUUCCAGCGGAUAUUGCGUGAAUGUUCAGAGGAUCCUUGGUGGAUUGAACACGAGAGGGCGCUUUUGUCAAAGAUGCAGUGUGAGGAGCUCUUCCAUAAUCUGUUUUGAAAGCUCUGAAUGUGAAAAUGAGGCACACGUCUCUAUUAGCGUUGAAUAACCUUCAACUAAAUUGACGAGAAUGAUUGUACGAAAGACUGUGCUUUUAAAAAGAAAUGCCAUGCUUUUAAACAUUCUGUAUAUUAUUUUGUGUCUCAUCGAGCACAAUUCGGGAAGCAAUGUGUGUUUAUGCAAAUGCUACUUUAUUAAAAUUAAUAAUGAACGAGUAACACAAGAACAGAACCACGCAAGAUGCCAAUUCAAUAGCUCCGUCAUCAACAAUUAUGCACAUUUCUCGUCAAAGUUCCACUAUGAGACAAUGGAAUGAUGUUAGGUUUGUGCCAUCUUAAAGCCCAUUGAUUUAGUUGUUGUUUUGAAUAGAAUCGCUUAUUUGAUGAAAUAGUAUAAAAUGUUGUUUUUAUUGAUGAUCAGAGGAGAGGUGAAUUCCUAUAGUGUACAAUUCCUUUAAAAGUAAAACUUGAGAUUAGAUUUCACUUUCAUCUUGAGUAUUUAACCAUUAUUGGAUUUCUAGUUUUGAGAUGUCGAACAAGAUUUUGUCCGGUACGUAUAAAGAAAUCAUCAGCAACUAAGAGUGUGUUAAUUUAUAUGGAACAUAUGCAAAUAACCGAGCUUAGAGAUUCAACAAUUGUAUCUUUCGUAAAUGUUAUACGUAAUGUAUAAUCCAUUUUUAAAAGAAUGCGUACAUAUGACAUCUUACCACUUUACUAUGACAUCAUGAUGACGUUUAAUUUAUUAUUUUUGAAUAACUGAGCUCAACUAUUUAUUACUUUGGGGUUCGUAUACCAUAAGAAUUAUUUUGUUAGUAUCGGUAUAAUAUGAUUUUAUUUUUAAAAUAAACUUCUUUUGUGAAAUAAACCUUUCCCGAGGUUGAAAAACUUGCUGUAUUUGUAUUACUUCAUUGAGACAGUGACAAGAUAAUUUCUACACAUCUAUGAGUUAUUAUUUAAGGAGGUUGAU